AUGUUGGGCUUCGGCGCGUUCAAGACUUCGAGUCCAGCCCUUGGCGGGCUCUUAUGGUGAGUCUCUUUCGCACGCUUAGGUGGCAGGUCGGUAUGGCAUACAACCCAAAUGAAAGGGCCCCGCUCAAGUGGCUGAGUAUGCCUUCGAUCUGCUGCGCUCUCUCCAUCUAAAGGAAAGUGCCCUGGAGACUCAGUGCUCCUCGAAAAGCCAGGGUCAGAUCUCGAUUGCGCGCAGUGGACGAUGUGAUCUCUGCGGUUCAAAGAUCAGGGGUGCAAUGCGCUGCUUUGGACAGGGCGCUGGCUCUGCCCAAAGAGCACGAGAUGCUACCAAGGGAUAAAUACACCACCUUUUCAAAGUCUGCAAAGGGAUACCGGAAGGGCGUGCACAAAGUGAGUAGGACUGUAGCGCGCCUUCGCGCAAUCAAGGAGGCCAUGGGUCCAAACAGUCGCGAUGGUCUGGCUGGUGGAUGUUGGCUCCGCUGCCUCCGUCUCUCUUUCAGGAGUCUGCUCACACAUGCCUCAUUGCUCGAUGAAAGGUGCCCAAAUGGACCAGGAUCACCCUCAGAGAAAACCCCCGCGGGUUCUGA